GCGAGGAGGCAGCUUGCGCUGGCUGCUGUCGAGGAGGCCGGGGUCCUGGAGACCAUGCGCCCGCGGCAGUCACCUGGGCCUGCAGGAGCCUGCUGCCCUUGAGAUGGAGUUGCUGCCCCUUUGGCUCUGCCUAGGUCUUUACUUCCUGACUGUGGAAUGGAGGAACGGAAGCAGGACAGCCACAGCUGCUUCCCAAGGGAGCUGCAAGUUGAUAGAUGGAGUUGCUGACUGCCAAGGGCAGAACCUUGUUUCAGUGCCCAGCAACCUCCCAUCCCACACUAGUAUGCUCAUCCUGGAUACCAACCCUCUGAAAACCCUGUGGAAUUACUCUCUCCAGCCUUACCCCCUCCUGGAGAGCCUCAGCCUGCACAGCUGCCUCUUAGAGCGCAUCGGCCGCCACGCCUUCCAGGAGCAAGGCCACCUGCGCAGCCUGGCCCUGGCUGACAACGCCCUGUGGGAGAACUACAAAGAGACAGCCGCUGCUCUGCAUACCCUGCCUGGGCUGCAGAGGCUGGACUUGUCAGGAAACUCCUUGACGGAAGACAUGGCAGCCCAGAUGCUCCACAAUCUCUCCUCGCUGCAGGUUAUAUCCCUGGCCAGGAACACCCUCAUGAGGCUUGAUGAGUCUGUCUUUGAGGGCCUGGAGUCUCUCCAGGAGCUGGAUCUGCAGAGGAACUACAUCUUUGAGAUUGAAGGUGGUGCUUUUGAUGGCUUGACCAAGCUGCAACGCCUCAACCUGGCUUACAACAACCUACCCUGCAUCGUGGACUUCAGCCUUACCCAGCUGCGGUUCCUGAACGUCAGCUAUAAUAUCCUGGAGUGGUUCUUGGCGGCCAGGGAAGAGGCGGCCUUCGAGCUGGAGCUGCUGGACCUGUCUCACAACCAGCUACUCUUCUUUCCUCUCCUGCCCCAGUGCAAUAAGUUGCAUACCCUGCUGCUUCGGGACAACAAUAUGGGCUUCUACAGGGACCUGUACAACACCUCGUCGCCACAGGAGAUGGUGGCACAGUUCCUCCUUGUGGAUGGAAAUGUGACCAACAUCACCACAGUGAGCCUGUGGGAAGAAUUUGCCUCUGGUGAACUGUCAGCACUCCGUAUCCUAGACAUGAGCCAGAACCAGUUCCAGUACUUGCCAGAUGGCUUCCUAAAGAAAGCACCUUCCCUCUCCCACCUAAACCUCAACCAGAAUUGUCUGGUGAGGCUCCACAUCCGGGAACAUGAGCCCCCAGGAGCACUCACCGAGCUGGAUCUGAGCCACAACCAGCUGUCAGAGCUACACCUGGCUCCAGGGCUCGUCGGCUGCCUGAGGAACCUUCGGGUAUUCAAUCUGAGCUCCAACCAGCUCCUCGGGGUCCCGACUGGCCUUUUUGCCAAUGCCAGUGACAUCACUACAAUCGACAUGAGCCACAACCAGAUCUCACUGUGUCCCCAGCCAGCUGCCUUAGACUGGGUAGGCCCCACCAGCUGUGUGGAUUUCAGGAAUAUGACAUCUUUAAAGAGUCUCUCUCUGGAGGGCUGUGGGCUGAGGGCCUUACAAGACUGCCCUUUCCAGGGAACCUCUCUCACUCACUUAGAUCUAUCUAACAACUUAGGGGUUCUGAAUGGAACUGUUGCCCCUCUCUGGGAUAUUGCCCCCACAUUGCAGGUCCUGUCCCUCCGAAAUGUGAGCCUUAGUUCUGGCUUGGCAGAGUUGGACUUCUCUGGGUUUGGAAAUCUGAAACACUUGGAUCUGUCAGGAAAUUCCUUGGCCAGCUUUCCAAAGUUCAAGGGCAGCCUGGCUCUGCAGACUCUGGAUCUCCGGAGAAACGCUCUCACCGCCUUUCCCCAGAGGGCUGUGUCUGAGCAGCUCCUGAGGAGUCUGCAGACUGUCUACCUCAGCCAGAAUCCAUAUGACUGCUGUGGGAUGGAUGGGUGGGGGGCCCUGGAGCACUUAGAGGCCAUCGCUGAUUUGGCUAUGGUCACUUGCAAUCUCUCCUCCAAGGUUGUUCGCGUGAUGGAGCUGCCCGGAGGGAGGCCCCAGAUCUGUAAGUGGGAGCAGGUGGACAUGGGCCUGCUCUACCUUGUGCUUCUUCUCCCCAGCUGUCUCACCCUUCUGGUGGCCUGCACCAUCAUCUUCCUCACUUUCAAGAAGCCUCUGCUUCAGCUAAUCAAAAGCCGCUGUCACUGGUCCUCCAUAUACUGACCCACAACAUGCCAGCUCAGAUAUUUCAUCUGUGCAUACAAGGAUGCUUUCCCAGCUAGACUUGAAGAUCUGCUGCAGGGGUCAAAGUUUGUUUUGUUUUGUGUGUGCCCAUUUUGUUUUGUUUUGAGCCCAGGGCUUGGGUUCUAUCCCUAU